UUGUGCCGUUGCGAGAUUGCAGCUGUAGUCGCUCCAGCCGGUCAAGGUGUAAACUCUUCUAAGAUGUCAAAAACAAACAAAUCCAAGUCUGGAUCUCGCUCUUCUCUCUCAAGAUCUGCAUCCAGAUCUCGGUCUCGUUCGUCUUCAAAGUCUCGGUCCAGAAGCCGAUCUGUCUCUCUUUCAAGGAAGCGCAGGCUUUCUAGGUCUCGUUCCAGAUCAUAUUCUCCAGCUCAUAACAGAGAAAGGAAUCACCCCAGAGAGUAUCAGAAUUGAGAUUUGUGAGGUCACAACAGAGGCUACAGGAGGCCGUAUUACUUCCACGGGCGAAACCGAGGCUUUUAUCCAUGGGGCCAGUAUAACUGAGGUAGCUAUGGAAACUACCAUUCCAAUUUUCAGAACUACCAGCAAGCAUACAGCCCUCGUCGGGGCCGUUCUAGAUCCCGGUCCCCAAAGAGAAGGUCCCCUUCACCACGGUCCAGGAGCCAUUCUAGGAACUCUGACAAGUCAUCCUCUGACAGGUCAAGACGCUCCUCAUCCUCCCGGUCGUCCUCCAACCACAGCAGAGUUGAGUCGUCUAAGCGAAAGUCUACAAAAGAGAAAAAGUCCUCUUCCAAGGAUAGCCGGCCACCUCAGGCAACUGGUGAUAACCAGGGAGGUGAGGCUAAGGAGCAGACAUUCUCUGGAGGCACCUCUCAAGAUAUAAAAGGGUCUGAGAGCUCAAAGCCAUGGCCAGAUGCCACCACCUAUGCUGGUUCUGCAUCACGGGCCUCGGUUUCUGAUCUGAGUCCCCGGGAGAGAAGCCCAGCUCUCAAAAGCCCCCUCCAGUCUGUGGUGGUUAGGCGAAGGUCACCACGCCCUAGCCCUGUGCCAAAACCCAGUCCUCCACUUUCUAAUGCAUCCCAGAUGGGCUCAUCUAUGUCAGGGGGUGCUGGAUAUCAGUCUGGAGCACACCAAGGUCAGUUCGACCAUGGCUCUGGGUCUUUGAGUCNAUCCAAAAAGAGCCCUGUGGGUAAGAGUCCACCAGCUACUGGCUCUGAAUAUGGUUCAUCUCAGAAAGAGGAGAGUGCUGCUUCGGAAGGAGCAGCAUAUUCAAAAAGGUAUCUGGAGGAGCAGAAGACAGAGAAUGGGAAGGAUAAGGAGUGGAAACAAACAAAUGCCAAUAAGGAGAAGCUGAAGGAGAAAGGNGGCUUCUCUGAUGCUGAUGUCAAAAUGAAAUCCGAUUCAUUUGCUCCCAAGACGGACUCUGAGAAGCCCUUCCGAGGCAGCCAGUCGCCCAAAAGNUAUAAGCUUCGGGAUGACUUUGAGAAAAAGAUGGCUGACUUCCACAAGGAGGAGAUGGAUGAGCANGAUAAGGACAAAAGUAAGGGAAGGAAGGAACCCGAGUUUGAUGAUGAGCCCAAAUUUAUGUCUAAAGUCAUAGCCGGUGCAAGCAAAAACCAGGAGGAGGAGAAGUCAGGCAAGUGGGAGAGCCUGCACGCAGGGAAGGAAAAGCAGAGGAAGGCAGAGGAAAUGGAGGAGGAGCCUUUCACAGAGAGAUCCCGAAAGGAGGAGCGUGGAGGGUCCAAGAGGAGCGAAAGUGGGCACAGGGGCUUUGUGCCAGAAAAGAAUUUCCGGGUGACUGCAUACAAGGCGGUCCAGGAGAAAAGUUCAUCCCCGCCCCCGAGGAAGACCUCUGAGAGCCGUGACAAGCUGGGAAACAAAGGAGACUUUUCCUCGGGGAAGUCUUCCUUUUCCAUUACCCUGAAGACCCAAGUCAAUGUCCGGAUGGACUCCUUCGAUGAGGACCUUGCACGACCUAGUGGUUUAUUGGCUCAGGAACGAAAGCUCUGUCGGGAUCUAGUCCANAGCAACAAAAAGGAGCAGGAAUUCCGUUCCAUUUUCCAGCACAUACAGUCAGCUCAGUCUCAGCGUAGCCCCUCAGAAUUGUUUGCUCAGCACAUAGUGACCAUUGUUCAUCAUGUUAAAGAGCAUCACUUUGGAUCCUCUGGAAUGACAUUGCAUGAACGCUUUACUAAAUACCUAAAGAGAGGAAAUGAACANGAAGCAGCUAAAAAUAAGAAAAGCCCAGAGAUACACAGGAGGAUAGACAUUUGCCCCAGUACAUUCAGAAAGCAUGGUUUGACUCAUGAGGAAUUGAAAAGUCCACGGGAACCUGGCUACAAGGGUGAGGGAAAAUACAAAGAUGAUCCUGUUGAUCUUCACCUUGAUAGUGAACGUCGUAAAAAUCAUAAGGAGAGAGAUCUUAAGCGAGGUAAAUCAAGAGAGUCAGUGGAUUCCAGAGACUCUAGCCACUCAAGAGAAAGAUCAACUGAAAAGACAGAGAAAACCCACAAAGGAUCAAAGAAGCAGAAGAAGCACCACAGAGCAAGAGACCGGCCCAGGUCCUCCUCCUCCUCCUCCUCCCAGUCCUCCCAGUCCUACAAAGCAGAGAAGUACCCUGAGGAGGCAGAAGAGAGGGAGGAGAGCACCUCAGGUUUCGACAAAUCCAGAUUAGGGACCAAAGACUUCGUGGGUCCGAAUGAAAGAGGCGGCAGAGCUCGGGGAACCUUUCAAUUUCGUGCAAGAGCGAGAGGAUGGGGCAGAGGAAACUAUUCUGGUAACAAUAACAACAACAGCAACAAUGAUUUUCAAACGAGAAGCCGGGAAGAAGAAUGGGAUCCAGAGUACACGCCCAAGAGCCAGAAGUAUUACCUGCAUGACGACCGGGAAAGCGAGGGCAGCGACAAGUGGAGGAGCCCAGGCCGCGGCCAAGGAGCCUUUCGGGGGCGGGGCCGGUUCAUGUUCCAGAAGUCCAGUACCAGCCCCAANUGGGCCCAUGACAAGUUCAGUGGGGAGGAGGGAGAGAUAGAAGACGAUGAGAGUGGGACAGAGAACAGAGAAGAAAAGGACAGUUUACGGCCCUCAGCUGAGUAGGGGCAGCUCUUGAUGGAGCCCUUGCCUGGGGGAGAAAGGCGCUGGGAGAGGCUGGUGGAGCUAAACAAGGAGCCUCAAGAAGAUCCUGAAAACGCCACCCCACAACCCACUAGCCACACAGAAUCCAUCCCACGACAGCAGAGUGUGUCCCUGGUGCCAUCCGUCUCACUGGACAGAGGACAGGACGCUGCCACCGAGCCUAGAUCAGACCACACAC